AAGAUUUGACUUGGAUUUGAGGUUAUGCGAUAUGUUUGUAUGUUUGGGAAUUUUGGGAUUUUGGAAGACUGGAAAAGGGACGGCUUGUGUGUCUUGAUCCCGGUAUUUUGAGUUUUGAGGAAAUUUUGUGAAAUGGCAGACGACUUGGAAAAUAUUCCUGCAGUUACUGUCAAAGAACCCCUAGAUCUGGUGAGAUUGAGUUUGGAUGAGAGAAUCUAUGUAAAAAUGAGAAAUGAUAGAGAAAUUCGAGGUAGACUACAUGCAUAUGAUCAACAUAUGAAUAUGAUACUCAGUGAUGCUGAAGAAACAAUUACCACUGUGGAAAUUGAUGAAGAAACCUAUGAAGAAGUAUACAGAACCACUAAAAGAAAUAUUCCAAUGUUAUUUGUAAGAGGUGAUGGAGUUAUAUUAGUUUCACCUCCAAUGAGAACCUCAUAAUUAUAGAUUCUGAAAACAUAA